AGGCUGAUUGGCAAGCCCGUGGUGUUCCGGGAAAAUGGCGGAGCACUCGAGAAAGCGUCCGUGUGGCCCGGGUGAACAUGGCCAAAGGGUUGAAUGGCGAAAAUGGAAGCAGCAAAAGAAAGAAGAGAAAAAGAAGUGGAAGGACCUCAAGAUGAUGAAAAAACUAGAGCGGCAGCGGGCCCAGGAGGAGCAGGCUAAGCGCCAGGAGGAAGAAGAGGAGGCUGCUGCCCAGAGGACUGACCAAGGACGGCCUUACACUCUGAGCGUGGCCCUGCCUGGCUCCAUCCUGGACAAUGCCCAGUCACCUGAGCUUCGCACCUACCUGGCUGGCCAGAUUGCCAGAGCCUGCACCAUCUUCUGUGUGGACGAGAUUGUGGUGUUCGAUGAAGAGGGCCAAGAUACCAAGACUGUGGAAGGAGAAUUCAAGGGUGUUGGCAAGAAGGGGCAGGCAUGUGUACAGCUGGCUCGCAUCCUGCAGUACCUAGAGUGUCCACAGUACCUGAGAAAGGCUUUCUUCCCCAAACAUCAGGAUCUGCAGUUUGCAGGGAUCCUCAACCCCUUGGACACUCCUCACCACAUGCGGCAGGAUGAGGAAUCUGAGUUCCGAGAAGGCAUUGUGGUGGACCGGCCCACCAAGGCAGGCCAUGGCUCUUUGGUCAACUGUGGAAUGAAGAAGGAGGUGAAGAUUGACAAGAAACUGGAACCUGGACUUCGAGUGACUGUGCGACUGAACCAGAAACAGCUCUCAGAAUGCAAGACAUACAAGGGAACGGUCGUGUCAUCGCAGGAUCCCCGCACCAAAGCUGGUCUUUACUGGGGCUACACUGUCCGACUGGCCUCCUGUCUCAGCGCUGUGUUUGCUGAGGCUCCCUUCCAGAAUGGGUAUGACCUGACCAUUGGGACAUCAGAGCGUGGCUCCAGUGUGGCCUCUGCCCAGCUGCCCAGCUUCAGGCAUGCUCUUGUGUUGUUCGGGGGCCUCCAAGGGCUGGAAGCUGGAGUGGAUGCUGACCCCAACCUUGAAGUGUCUGAACCCAGUGUCCUCUUCGACUUUUAUGUCAACACAUGCCCCAGCCAGGGCAGCCGUACCAUCCGCACUGAGGAAGCUAUACUCAUCUCCCUGGCUGCCCUACAACCUGGCCUCAUCCAGGCAGGUUCCAGGACUACCUGACAACUUUGUGGAUCCAGGAUGUAGAGACAGCAGGAGACGGAGGAUCACCAGGAAUAGAGAUGGUCAA